UGCUCGGAGGAACAGUCCACGCUCCGUGCCUGGCUUGACAUUCCCAAUGUGGACCUUUUGCGCGCCGACAUCAUGUGCACCGCCGCAGUGCCGCGUCAUGCGCGUACCCUGGCUUGGCGGCGCAUGCCCUGCACUGCCCAAGAGUUGCCGAACCGGACCGUGUUCCGACACGAUGAUGCUCCGGAUGAAUUCACCAUCUGCACCUCGUGCGAGAAGGCACUCGCAGGUGUCCCACCGCAAAUGCUCGUCAUGGGUCCUCCGGGCACAGGCAAGACUCAGUUCGUACACGCACUGCUGUGGUACACGUACCAACAUGACAGUCCUGACUGGGCCGCCACGUGCGCAUACUCUUGGGCCGCCGCGAUCGCGUUCAACACCCCAGUCCAUCGCAGCCUAUCUACCCACUCCAUGUUCGGCAUCUCAGCCAGCCAAAGCGGCUCCCGUGGCACCAACUUUCCUAAGCGCGGCGCACAUGCUGGCCUUCAAGUAAAACGCAACGUCGGCGAUGGCGCUGUGCUCAUCGACGAAAUUGGCAUGCAAAGCCACGAGCACCUCGGCGCCAUCAGCCACUCCUGCACAGCCAGUCUGCCGCCUCCGCCACACCUUGGGCCCGCCCAUGACAGCAGCCGCGUCUUAUCCGGCCGUGCCGCGGGCGGAAUCGGUGACCUGCUACAGCACCCUCAGCCAGGCGGUUCACCACCGUACCGCUACGCCGCCGACGUUGAGCGAAACCCCCAGUUCACUCCCUCGGCACCGACAGCACAACGCACACCAGCUUCGCUUGACGAAGGUCGAGGUCACCGUCAUGAUGACAGCAACAAUGACAACACUGACGCAGACGACGACACCGGCAACCAUCGCGCCACCACCUCCACACGUCGCACUCAUCGCCCCGUGCCACAGACGCACACCCGCCUACACGACGGCUUCAACCUGUACCGUCAGCUCGGCGGCACCGUAUUCAUGCUGCAGAAACAGCAGCGGCAAGACAACAGCCCAUCUGGCCAGCAGCUUACCCGCUUCGCAACCAUGUUCGGCGGCAUUCCAACCACUGAAGCACGUGUCGCAGAUCUAGUAGACGCACUCAACCAACGCGUCAUCACAGAUUUGUCCGAUCUCACAGACCUCGAACCCCGCGUCGUGCUGCAACGGAACGAACCCAGGCACGCGCUCAACACACGCCUCCUGAUGCUCCAGGCGCGCCGCAAAGGAGCGCGUUUGGUCAGCUGGAAUGCGGACCACGUCCCGGUUAGGCAACAUGCCGCAACCCAACAACAGGCGCUCUCACACGUCGAAAAGGCUGUCGCAAUGCGAGUAAAAGACGCCACCUUCGACCACACCACCGCCGACACUUGGUACUACGAGGGUGCACGCUACACCCUACUCGACACCACAGCUGCCGACGCCGGCGCGUGCCACAACAAUGAAGUCGAGGCGUGUGGCCUGCUUACCGACAGCCGUGAACCGCCUGACGAUGGCCGCGGCCCGUACUGGCGCCUCCACUACCUACCCGCAGCCGUCUUGGUCCGUCCCAUUAAAGGGCACGCGCCCAAAGCGGUGCUAGCAGACUUAUCGGACUUCGCAGCCAAAGGUGCUGCCUUCGCCAUCGUACCACGGCCCUCGCCGGCAGCAAACAUCACCGUGCCAGCCGCCAACACCGGCACCACCACCAAAAAUGUACGUCGAGUCAAUGUACCGCUUGGUGACUACUACGCCGUCACCGACUACUUCGUACAGGGCCGUAGCUUCAAGGAAGAAUGCUGGGUCGCAGACCUUUCCGUCCCGCCCGGUGGCCUCAAGCGUGCAACCAUGUACGUGUUGCUCACCCGCUACAAGACACUCGACCACAUCCGCCUCCUGCGCCCGCUCUCUACCACACCCGAUGAACGAACACGAGUCGUCAAACAGUUCAUGGCAGCAACCAAGCUGGACCCCGACCUUGCGGCCGAACUCCGCCUCCUGGAUCGCCGUGCAACCGAAACACGUGAACGCUAUACGACCGAGUACAAACACGCCAGAAACCUAGAGGAGCGUUGGACCUCCGCAGCCAACACCACCUGA